GGGUGGCGCCGCCUCGCGGAUGCUUUCUGUAACCUAGUCAGUAGGACGCUAGCAGACGACGCUAUAUGUAAUCGUAUGAGACAUUUCUGUUAGUUUACAGCAGGGACGAUUGAUAAUUAUUUUUAAAAUUUUAUGACGUGUCAUGAGCUUUUGUGGGACUGAACGGCAGCCCCUCCCAAGCUCUCUUGAUAGAUACCAGCUUUAAGAUGUUCGAGAGCAAGCCUAGAACUUGGUAGCGCGCGCGCAGUCCAACGCGGAUGCGCGGUUGCGCUGGUACUGCUUGCUGACUUUCUUUUGUUCUGGAUUUAGCGUGUGGCGAUUCUUUGUCUGUUGGUCCUGAUUAGUUUAAUCUAAUUUUAAUCUAGCAGCGUUAAGUUCGCAUUCAGCAGGGCGUGAGGGGACAACUGUGCACGCGCGCGUUGUCGUUGUGGUGGUAUGGAGCUCGCCGAUACCGACGCUUCCGUCCAAGUGACGCUUCCCCUCUCCAGUAUCAACGAGUACGUGGCACAGGAGUUUGCCACAUCUCGACUUCUGCUCGAGGGAGAAGCCGUACUGGAAGCUGGGCACGUUGUGACGUGCAGUGUUAAAGAAAAAGUUGACAGUAACAGCACGUUUGUAGGUUUCGUGCUGCAAACAUCGGCUUUAAGCAGAGACCCGCACGAGCUCGAGAUCGUGGUGAAAGAGAAGACAGUGGCAGCUGCAUCAUGCUCGUGCAAAGCAGGGAGCUACAAAUGCAAACACAUUGUGGCCAUGCUCCUGUACAUCCAUGCCACAAAGGUGUUUGAAAUCUUGUCGUCGACCGACCUGCCACAGCAGUGGGGGAAAAGUCAAAAACAGGGUGUGAAGGACAAGUAUGCACCCAGGCCAAUCAUUGAGCUUCCCUGCGUAAAGAAGGCACGUCUGUUCUUCCGCUAUUCUGCAACAUGGUGCUCGCCUCAGAAUCUGGCAAGACGUGCCACUUCAACGGCCGCCGUGAUAAGUGCCUGCCAUGGAUGCUGCGACUGGAAAUAGCACGAGUGGCUUGUGGUGCAUAUCGCAGGCCAAUAAUCAAGACAGCGAGUGACGCAAGUCUGGAGGGAGACGUCCUGGGCAAGCUACUGCAGGGGCUCCCAUAUCGCUCUGCUGCUCACCGUCACCGCGAGGAAAUCCCCGUACAUGCUUUUCAGUGCAUCGAGCCAGAGGAGUCGCCAUCCCCACCACAGAGGCCAGCGACACUAACCGAGGCAUUAAGAAUGAUGAGCAGAGAUAAUCAAGCAUCUGAUGACAGCUUCUACGAAGCCCUCCAAGAAAUGUUUUCAAAGGCUGUUGUGGAAGAGAUUGCCACACUUACCAUCCAACAAGCAGAAUCGCCAAUAUGGAUGGAAUACAGGACUGGUCUGAUUAGUGCAUCUGUGGCCUACAGCGUCUACACGAGGGUGAAGACCUUGAGGACAAAAAUGGGUCCCCAUGAUUUGCGUCCCUUGUUCAAGGUCCUCAUGCGAGAGUCGACCUUCCAGUCAGCUGCAAUGGCAAGAGGGUCGCAAGACGAAAGCACUGCCAAGAGGAAGUACUUGCAGGAGUCAACCCACGCCAACCUCACGAUCCAAGACAGC